AUGACGAGUCAGCCCGGAGCCUCACGUGUCACAAUCGCCACACAAGCUGUGGCACAUAGUGGCCCUGCCAUCUUCAGCCGCCUUGCGUCCUACUCCAUGUUCCUCAUUACCCAAGCCUUCGCCGGCCAUCUCGGCGACCUCGAGCUCGCCGCUCUCUCCGUCUCCACCAACGUCAUCCUCGGCUUCGACUUUGGCCUCCUCCUGGGUAUGGCAAGUGCUUUGGAGACGUUGUGCGGGCAAGCUUUCGGAGCGAAGAAGUUGCACAUGUUGGGGCUGUUGGGGCAGCCUGUCAACGUGGCAGAGCUGUCGGGGUUGGUGUCCGUGUGGCUGAUUCCCAUUCACUUCAGCUUUGCUCUCCAGUUUCCGCUGCAGAGAUUUCUGCAGAGCCAGCUGAAGACGGGGGUGAUUGCGUGGGUGAGCCUGGGGGCUUUGGUUUUUCACGUGGUGGUGAGCUGGUUCUUCGUGAGCAGACUUCAUCUUGGAGUGGUAGGAACCGUUGUUACUUUGAACUGCUCUUGGUGGGUUCUAACGUUUGGGCUGCUGGUUUACACCGUAUCUGGUGGCUGUCCUCAAACCUGGACUGGCAUCUCGGUUGAAGCAUUUUCUGGCCUGUGGGAGUUUGUCAAGCUCUCUGCUGCUUCCGGAGUCAUGCUCUGGUACAUCGCUCUCUCUGUAAUACUGAUUGUGAUGACAGGGAACCUGAAGAACGCCGAAAUUGCCGUGGAUGCUUUGUCCAUUUGGUAA